AUGGCUAAAAAAAAGUUGAAACCAAAAUCAAACAGUAAAGUAUCUAAACGACGUACGUCAACAGUGGGCAAAAACAAGGCAAAAAUUAAAAAGAUUUCAACUGGUCGUGGUGGUGUAAACAAAGGUGGUGUUAAAAAGGCGAAAAAUAAUAAAAAAAAAGUUAUCAAAAAAAAAACAGUUCCAAAACAUUCAACAAAAAAAGCAAAUUUAAAAAAUCCUAAAAAACCUUUGAAAUCAACUGGACCUAAAAAUAAACAAAAGCAUCUGCAUAAAAAAGUUAAAAAGAAAACAACAAAAAAUAAACCUAAACACUCGCGAAAACCAUCGAAAAUAAAAACGAAACAUGUUAAUACACCUAAAAGAAUAACGCCAGUGGAAAAAGACGAAAUUCCUAUUAUUAAAGGAUCAGAAAUUAUACAAGGUCGAAAACUUGGAGAAGGUGGUUUUGGCAAGGUUGUUGAAGGUGUUUUUCGAGGCCGAAAAGUAGCAGUUAAAAUUCCCUUGCGUAAAGAAGACUUUGAAGAAGCGUUAAUUGAAUUUAAAAAAUUAAGAAAUUUUCGUCAUCGAAAUGUUGUUGAAGCUAUUGCCUAUUGUAGAGAUCCAGCAAUGUUUGUUAUGGAAUUUAUGGCUGGUGGAACAUUAAAUAGUUGGUUACAUGAUGGGAACAAUAAAUCUAUACCACUGAGUUGGUUUCAAGGUAUUGUUUUGUUAACUGACAUAGCUCGUGGUGUUAAAUUAUUACAUGAUGCAUCAUUACUUCAUGGAGAUUUAUCGUCCAAUAAUGUAUUACUAAAACGUGAUCAUACAACAGCAAAAAUAUCUGAUUUUGGUACAGUACAAAUGAUUGAGAAAUAUAUAAAUGCAUCAGUAGCUGGUCAAAUCGAUGAAGCUGUAGGCGCAUUUCGUUGGAUGGCACCACAACGAUUACGCUUUUCUAAGCCGGAUAAUUAUUCUGAUGUAUGGUCGUAUGGUUGUAUUUUGAUUGAAUUUUUAACUCUUCCUCGAAAAAUACCAUUUACUGCAGCAAGUACUGCUCAACUGAUUGCAAAACUUGAGAAUUAUGUCGAAGGUGAUAUAAGAGAUUUACGUAUUGAUCUUGGUGAAAUGGAUCCAGAAGGUCCACCAUCACUUCAAGAUUUAAUGUAUCGAUGUUUAAAAGCGAAACGAGUCGAACGACCGGACUACGGACAAAUUGUUGACGAGCUUGAAAACGUUCAUAAUUGGUUAAAAAAGAAGUAUAAUAGUGGUCAAAACAAAAUGAAAACAAACAGUAAACGUAUACAUUCACCAGAUAUUCGGACUUGGCGUUAG